UUACAAAUAAAUAUCUAGCAUUGCCAAGGAAACAAAACAUCUGUUAAAUGCAUUAAAAACAUUAAAAGGAAAAACAUUGUCUAUUCAGAUUUAUUUAUCGGCUUAUUAACUGAUUUUUACCUUUAAAUCUGCGCUCGUAGUUGAAAUCUGUGUCAAUCAUGUCGGUUGCUAAUAGCCCUUUGACCGUGAUCAGGCGAAUCUCUCAUUAUUUGCGAAAGCUCAAUCCUUCGGAAAAUAUAACUACAAAUGCUGCUGUUCAAAGUAUUUUAGCAGAGACGCGUAAACACGAUGUGACUGAUGAGCGAACAUGUCGAGCCAAGGAAGAAAUGGUUUUCAUGGGCGAAACUUAUGCAAUUUACUUAGAAAGCGUUGCUAACUAUCGAGAAUUGGCAGAAAUUUACAAUAAAGGAGAAGCUACCGUUGAAGAAGCUGCUGCAAAAGUUGGCCUCAGACUACCUGAAAAGGUUAAUCCAUAAUGUAACUCAGACACGAUAAAAUGUAAAAAAUUUAAUUUUAGUUGAUCUCCCUAAAUAGUUCGAGCAUUCAGCUAUUCUUUUCUGUCAAGCUGUUCAAAACUAUUAAAAUUAUUAAUAUUAAAA